AAUAUCUGCGCAAAAUUUGAUAAAUUCGCGAAAUUUAAAUCUCGCGCGCAUAGUUUGUUGCCGGCGUCUCCCUCAAGUGGUAGAAUUGCAAGAAUGUGACAUAAUCAAGUGUCAGUUUUUUUCAGUCGUGUGAUAUGCUCAAGGUGUGACUUUAGCGUGUAUUUUGUGGAAUUGAGAUUAAUAAAUGAAAUAAAGUAACGAUGGCGAAUUUGUGAAAACUUUCUGUAUAACAUUUGAUGGAUUCGUCCAUAUAUUGGCUGCAACCGGAACAAGAAGGUCCCGCUAAGCAUCUCUGGCUUCGUAUUUGGCAAACUACUCAAGACUCUCUUAAUAUGAAUUUAAAAGAAGGUGACAGUGAAAUAGAAACCAUCACCAAUGGUUAUACCACCCACGGGAACAACAAAGUGUCUCUAAUGAACGGAAAAACCGAUAAAAACGCCACAAUCGCCAGAAGACGGAAAGAGAUUAACAGGCCCAAUAGUAGAGGCUCGUUUCGGAAAUCAAGCAUUGAGUACGCAGGUACUCCUUGGCGACCAUCGAAGUACCUCUAUCGGAAAACCAUUUUAGGUCUAAACCAAGAAAUAGAGCAUUUCUACCGUUAUAUGAGUCCAACAUACGCCGAAGAUAGGAUCCGGUUGGAAGUGGUAAAUCGCAUCGAAAAAAUCAUCACCACAAAGUGGCCCGAAGCUAAAGUUGAGAUUUUCGGAUCUUAUAGGACAGGGCUAUAUCUACCGACUAGUGACAUUGACCUUGUAGUUAUAGGAAAAUGGACACAUCUACCUUUAAGAACUCUAGAACAAGAAUUUUUAGAAAAGGAUGUCGCCGUGCCGGACAGUAUAAAAGUGUUGGACAAGGCGUCAGUGCCCAUCGUCAAGUUAACCGACAAAAAAACGGACAUCAAAGUGGACAUUUCUUUUAACAUGUGUAACGGUGUCAAAUCGGCCGAACUCAUAAAGAACUUCAUCGAAAAAUUCCCAGUUUUACCCAAAUUAGUAUACGUCCUCAAACAAUUCCUUUUCCAAAGAGACUUAAACGAAGUGUUCACCGGAGGCAUCUCGAGUUAUAGUUUGAUAUUGAUGUGCAUCAGUUUUCUGCAGCUGCACCCCAGGCCGGACAUCGUUCAGAACGGCCACCUCAAUGUGGGGGUACUCCUCAUCGAGUUCUUCGAGUUAUACGGUAGGAAAUUCAACUAUAUUAAGACUGGCAUUAGGAUACGAGACGGAGGAAAGUAUCUCGACAAAGAUGAUAUGCAGAAGGAGAUGAUCGACGGCCAUAGACCUAGUAUGUUGUGUAUAGAAGACCCUCUUCUGCCGACGAAUGAUAUUGGUAGGAGUAGUUAUGGCGUCUUGACGGUUAAGAGGGCGUUCGAAUGGGCUUACCAGACUCUUCUCAUCGAAAUCAACAAGCCAUACGGACACAACUUCGUGUGUGACUCCAUCCUCCAGAGAAUAAUCAAGGUGAAAGACCACGUGAUCCAGCAAAGGCAACGGCUCGAAGAGAACAUCAGAUUGAGGUCUUCCCGGUCUUCCAGUGUCGGUUCAACCGGAUCGAGUACCGAAGAAAGUGCUGCGAGUUCAGAAGGUUCAGACGUACCAUCCAGGGAUAACUCACCGAACAUCAACUACACCCCACCCCGCCAGAACGCCAUGAAGCCUAGAAGCGUCUCAUCGUUUAGUAGGAACAAGGCGUACAAGAGUAAUCACGCCGUCAAUGGACACAAUCACCUCUCCAAUCAUAGCAAUUUCCACAACAAUUCGAUGAAACGCAAAAAAUCAAUGAAGCAAUAACGACUAUGGGUAUCUAUAGGGUAGAAUGAAUCUUUUUUUCGGUUGAAUCGUUUUUAGCGCAAGGAAGAGUCUGUCGUAUGGGUUGUUUUCUUUAUAUGCUCUGCGUUUGGACGAAGAUUCGUCCGAAAAUGAAUCUUACAGAGAUCAAAAAGCGGUAAAAGUAUAAUAUACGUAAAUGUGAAGAGUACUUAAUCGUUUAUAAUCAUUGAGUAGUGUUUGAUUUUGACAGUACUUAAUUUUUUACUAUCAUGACAUUGUUUAGAUGUUUCGUUUGCAUCUAACCUAACCUAACAUAACCUCUUUUUUUACUUUUAACUGCUGAAUCAAUGGUUCUGCUUUUUAUCGGUUGUAAUUGAAGCAGAUACUUUAUCCUCACUCUCGUAUCCGACAAACAAAUAUUUUCUAAAUGAUUAUAUUGAAUGUUUACUUAUAUCUUAUUGUGUUCAAUUUUUUGAUAUUUAUAGUGUUGUAAUUUUUCAGUAACUCGAAAUCGAUAUAAGUGAUUGAUUUGAUAUACAUAAAAUGGUGUUGGAAUUGAUUUAAUUUUUAUGCUGUCUCUACAGUUAGAAUGUCGUCAAAAAAAAUAAUAGGAAUAAAAAGAAUAAAAAUUACUAAAAAAAUCGACAUGUUAACUGUUGAAUAUAUAAAAAAAUACCGAUGAAUAAGUCUGAAUAUGUCACCAUUUUUGGGGAAAAUUUUUUGGAUUGUUAAAUCACGAAAAAUCACCCGAAAAAACUUUGUCAAAAACCUAAACGCAACAAAAAAACAAACCUAGAGUUCAACUAGUUUCUGAAAUUUUAAACUGUCGUUCCACACAUUGGACAGGUAUAGGGCUUUUCAUUCACAGUCAUUUGUUUCGAGCUCCUGCCAUGUGUCACAUAAUAUUAAUAUAUCUACGUCAUACGUUAUUGGUAUAUGAGAAUGAUACAAACCAAAGACGUAUGACGUAGAUGUCUUAAUAUUAUACGACACAUGACUGAAGCUCGAAACAAAUGACAAUCGAUGAAAAGCCCUAUUCUUCAAAAAUACUCGUAUAGGGCUUUUCAUCGAUUGUCAUUUGUCUCGAGCUUCUGUCAUAUGUUGUAUAAUCUGUAUAAUAUGAAUAUACACGGAUUAUAUGACAUAUGACAGAAGCUUGAAACAAAUGACUGAAUGAAAAGCCCUAUUAAAUAAUUGUCAGUAUUUUUUGUUCUCUCCUUCUGAUUGACAGUUGAUUGUUAUGUUACAACUUGACAUAUGACAGCUUGAUGUUCUAUGACGAGUUUGUCUAUAAAGUUGGUUUAAUAAUCCAGGAAUAUCCAGUUAUAAAUGCAUCAAUUUAACAAACGCAAUUUUAUUCAAGUUUUAUUUUAAAAAAGGCUAUUCAGCUUACUCACUCUCGGUACUUAUUAUUAGGUUUGUUCCAACUCGAUAACGAAUUAUUAUGCGCAGUAACACAUUUUUCGUUACUGCGCAUACUCGUAACCUUUCAAGAACGGGUUUGUAUCGAGUUGGAACAAACCUAUUGAUUACUAUUAUGCUGUAAAAUAUUUCUUGUUAGUUUCGUUCCGGGUCGUUUUGAUAAUAAUUUAUAGACAAUACAAACUUAAAAACACACAUCCCGACGGUUAGCAGAAAUUUUAGGAAGUGUCAUAAAUCGUCAAAGUCAUAGAUAGUCAAAGUUUUUUUGGGAAUGUCUCGGUUAGUCGCUGGCAGAUUGAAUUGUGAACUCGGAGUUGGGUUUGCAAAUACUUCAUCCAUAAUUAAUGUGGAUGAUAGUAUGGGAUUACCAGGACUACUGCAAAACACUGUAGCAUUACUUACAUACUCGUAUUUAAUUGUUGGUCCAUUUCUUGAAAAUUGCAUUAAUGACAUCUUUAGUGCUUCUGUACUAAUAGGUAACAGUUUAAUAAAAGAAUUCCUUCCUUCCACUGGUAUAUCUUUCGAUUGAUGAUUUUCGUAUUUCAAGGAAGGAUUUGCUUUUAAUAAUCUUGCUAUGCUUGUUUUCGUUUGUUUCACUUCGGGCACUGUUUUUCUUACAUGAGGUUUUUUGUAAAAUUUGUAUUUUUUGGAAAUUCCAUCACCGGAAUUAUUAGUGUUAGUUUUUUGACUAUUUUUAUUUUCCAUAUUUUCGAGACAUAACUAAUCACACUAACACUAACAUUUUAAUAUACAAUAACUAUUUUAUAAUAAAAAUUUAAAACCACCCAAAAAAACUUGUUAUCUCCAUUUAAAACCGUGACAGUACCGUUUUUUGAAUUGACAUUUAUCAGCUGAGCCUGAGCACAGAUUUAUUUUUUUUUGUUUUUUUUACCUUGGCCUUGCGAGUCUUUUUUUGUCGGCGACAAAUUAGCAGCAAAACGCAUGCGCACUUUAAAAUGAUAUAAAUAAUAUCGUUAAUAGAUAAAUAUACAAGAUAAUUAGUUAUUAAUAUUAAUUAAAAGUAAAUAUACCUUGUAUAUUUAUCUAUUAACGGUAUUAUUUAUAUUAAGUGAGGUUAGAAAUUGUCGGCGACAUAGGUGCGUUCGCGGGUACAGUUGACAAAUUGUCGCCGACAAUUUCUAACCUCACUUAAUAUAAAUAAUACCGUUAAUAGAUGAAUAUACAAGGUAUAUUUACUUUUAAUAAUAUUAAUAACUAAUUAAUAAAUUAUACUAGGUAAAUAUACCUUGUAUAUUUAUCUAUUAACGAUAUUAUUUAUAUUAUUUUUGUACCCGCGAACGCAAACUAGUGUAUUUAAUUUUUGGUAGUUUUAAUUUAUUCGUUAUUCGCUCUUUUAUCGGUUCGCCGUGCCGUCAUGGUUAGAAUAAUUUUUUGGCCAUUAUUUGACAGGUGACAAUUGGAUUAUCGGUCACGAAUUUAUUGAUACAGUUUAUUUCAUUCGUGGUAGCUUUAAUUUUAUCUUUAUUAACUAUUUUAACAGUGUGUAAUCGUCGUUGGGAUAAUUUUCUUUCAGAUGUUGAUCAUUAUUUGACAGAUGACAGCUAGGUUUUCUCGUCCAAUACGUCGUUAUUACUGUAGAGGUUUGUUCCAACUCGAUACUAAACCGUUCUUGAAUCGUUACGCGCAUGCGCAAUAACGAAUAAUUAUGCGCAGUAACACAUUUUUCAUUACUGCGCAUACUCGUAACCGUUCAAGAACGGUUUUUGUGACGGGUUGGAACAAACCUUAAAUAAUUACUACACACGAUCCACGAUACCUAACAAAGAAAUGUUUUUUGUUGUAUAUAUUUGUUUGUCCGGAUAUAACCUCCAUACUUUUGUAGAUCUCACAGAUUGAAGAAUGAAUUUGAAUAAAAUUAAGUUUUUAACGUACAAAUUUUCGUCGCAAACGCAGGGCAUAUAUUUUAAAAGUAGACAAUAUCGUAUACUUAUCGGUUUUGUCGAGAGGGUGCAAUAUGGUAAAACCUAUUUCGCAGUAAAUAGAGGAUCUGGCUAAAGUUCCGUGGCAUCUUUUUAUAAAUAUGAUUUUGCGGCCACGACGAUGGUCGAGAUUUUGUACAUAUUAUUUUCCAAUACUUGUAUAAACUAUUAUUAUAUUUGUAUCUAUAUACGAAAGAUACUGUAAUCAUGUCUUUGAUGAACGUGUAUUUGAGGGCGAACAGUUCGUGUACCGUUUUGAAACCGUAAAAAUGAUGGUGCUGCGUUGCCGAACUUACAAUUAUCCGUAAUUAUGCGUAAAAAAUUGUAGCAGUGUUGCCAAUUAUACCAUUUUUCCGUAAUUGUGUGGAAUUUUGUGAUUAUGAAAUCGUAAAAGUACCAGCGCGGUGUUGCCGACUUUAUAAAUUUUCCGUAAUUAUGCGUAAACAAUUCUAGCGGUGUUGCCAAUUUUCCGUAAUUUUGCGGAAUUUUGGAAUUAUGAAAUCGUAAAAAUAACAGCGCGGUGUUGCCGAUCUUACAUGCUUUCCUUUAAAUAGGUACGCGUAAUUUUGUGAUUAUUACUAGGUGCGAAUCUAACAUUGCACUGGCAGUUUUACUAGUUCUAAACGGUUGGGCAAACUGAGCGCGCUUCCUAUAUAUAGCCAUCAAUUUUAAUAAAAUCCAAAAAAAUAUAAAAAUUUAAAACAAAAAAAUAUUUUUAGAUUAAUUUUUCUCUAUUAAGAUGACAAUAAUUGUAUCUUGUUUUUAAUUUCUUCUGGAAGAUUCUUCCGGAAUAUUUAAUGAUAUAGCCGAUCUGGGUAAUGCUAUUGCUAUAUACAUUGAUUAUACUCGUUUUUACUAAAACUUAGACGGUUUUACAUGAGUUCGCCAUUAUAAAAUAGUUAAAAAAUUCAUAAAACACGAUAAUUUUAUAAUAUAGUAGUACUAGCUAUAUAAGAGACUCAAUAAUAUUCAGCUCAGCAGGAUGCUAUUGUUGGAGGUGUGAGUUUACAUAAACAAGGGAUCAUUUCAUAAAACAGGUAGAUCCCUUGUUUAUAUAAUUCCACACCUCAAAGAAUAGCACCCCUGAGCUGAAUAUUAAUGAGUCUCUUAGAUAGCUGGUAGUACUAUACUAAUGUAUGCAGAUGAUUGAGCAUAUCCGUAAAUUGUAAAUAUCACGUGACAAACAAUUGGCUGGUACUUAAAAGGGAUCAAAAAUUUCGAAAAAAAAACACAUAAAAAAGUUUGUACAACUAGUUUAAUGUUGUUGAAAAGUUAGGUUAGUUUUAUUUGGUUUUAGUGUACAGUAGAGACUUGAUAAUUUGGGUUGCAAAGCUCAUACAGCCAAUACUUACAGUUUUUCAUUACUUUUCUCCUUACUCAAACAAAAAUGUUAGUUUUUUAUAAUCUAGUUAUUUUUAUUCAUCUAUCACAUCUCGGUUUUCAAAUUUUUAGAGCAAUAAUCAUCUAGAACCAGACACCAUUGGACCAUGUGUUGUAUUCUCCAAUUUUUCUGGUUUAGCACUAAUUGGACACAACUAACACUGUUUUUUCGCCCCAGUUCAAAGUAUAUGAACGUCUGUCAUUGUUCAUGAGUUCCUAGAGGAUCAACAUCACAACGUUUUAAUUUUCAUGAAGUGAUUGACGCGUGAAAAUCCCUUUUUGUUCGAAUUUCUUCGAAUGUCUUCAUUUUCAUCUACAGCUGAAUAAAACCUUAUGAAUUUUUACGUUAGUUUCAGCGGAAUUUUUGCUCUUGGGUGAUUCAAAUGGCGCCCCACGUUGGGCGCCAUUUGAUGCGUUUGACAUGUCUGCUCAGAUGGGGUGAGGGAUAAGAUCAACUACAUAGAUACUGGGGGUCGAAAUGGGGCUAAAGUAGAAGGAGCAGACACUUAUAACGUUCUUUCACGACCCGCCACCGAACAAAACCUAAGCUGCCGUCUCGCAAAAGAACGUUAUAAGUGUCUGCUCCUUCUACUUUAGCCCCAUUUCGACCCCCAGUAUCUAUGUAGUUGAUCUUAUCCCUGACCCCAUCUGAGCAGACAUGUAAAACGCUUCAGUCCAUGUAUUUUAUUGAUGAAACAUAACAUUUUCCAUUAGUUUUAUCACAAUUUCUGCAUCUAGGGGAUCGUCUACGCAUUUCAUAUCUAAAGUAACGUUUGUUGGCAAAUUGAUUUGUUUUUCCGAAUUAUCUAGUCUCUGCAUUAAUGGGAAGAUUGUAAUUUUUAGCAAUUAAAAUAAGUUACAGUAGGAAAAAUGAAAGAAUAUCAAUGAACGAGCAUAUAUUAUAAAACACUGUAUUUUCCCAUCACCGUGUCACACAAAAAAUUGGCCAGCGCAAGUACAUGUAAUAAUUAUUAUUACAUGUACUUGCUCUUGGCAAUUUUCUUUGUGACACGGUGACAGGAAAAUACAGCGUAUUUUAUGUGUUCGUUCAUGGGUAUUCUUUCAUUUUUCCGACUGUAUAUGCUCAUAAAAAGGAAGAAUCGCCAGCAUUUUUUCGCGACGUCCUUUAAAAGGAAGAUAUCAUCUGUCAUCCUAACAAAGACUUCCACAUUUAUUAUUUAAAUAUGUAGCAAAAAUCAGUAAUGUUUGUUGCAAGUGCUGACCUUGUCACGCGUAGAGAGAGAAAAGUGCAUUUUAUCAUUAGUAGAAAGAGAAAAGUGCAUUUUAUCGUGCGCAAAGAGAGUAAAAUGCAUUUUAUCAUGCACCGAGCUAGGAAAAGUGAAAUUUGUGCUGCGCAAAGAUGGUAAAGUGAGGCUUUUGUUGUGCGCAGAGAUGAGAAAAUAAAGCAUAUAUGCGCAGAAAUAGAAAAGUACAUCUUGUUAUGUACAGUAAAAGGAAGUCGAGAUUUUUGUGUAAAGUGAUACUUCUCUUCAAAUAUAACAAAAAUUGUUUAUGACGCUUGUUUUAAACGGAAGAGUGCUUAAUUAUCAUCCAAGCAAUGAAGUACAUUCAAGUUAUUGAAAAUCGAUACUGCGCAAGGCCACUUUGCACAUUGUCACUCGCAGAGAUAGAAAAGUGCAGAUUGUAAAGUUGUAAAGCGCAAGAAUGGGAAAGUGCACGCGCAAAAAUAAGUAAAUUGCACAUGAUUCGCAGAAAUGUGAAAAUUAAGCGUGUAUUAGUAGGUGUCUAAUUUAUCAUCAAAGUAACGGGUAUCAUUUAAAUAUACUGCGGAAAUGGGAACAUCUUGAUGCGCAGAGUUAGUGAGUGCACAUUUUCACACAGUGCGCAGAGAAACUGAACAUUGUCCUGCGCAUUCAGGAAAGAAAGUGCAAUUUGACAUGUGCAUUCAGGAAAGAAAGUACACUUUGUUAUGCGCAUUCAGGAAAAAAGUGCAUAUUGUCAUCCGCAUUCAGGAAAAAAGUGCAUAUUGUCAUCCGCAUUCAGGAAAGAAAGUGUACUGUGUUCUGGGCAGAAAUAGGAAAUUAUACAGUUAUGCAUAGAUACAGAAAAGUAGUUUUUAUCAUGCGCAGAGGUAAGUAUAUGUAAAGGAAACAAUAAAGAAGCAUUUGGGGAAAAUAUCAUCGAUGCCACACACACAGUUGAUUUACCAUCAUAGUAGUCCAAGAGGCAGCACUGAAAAAUUUCUCUGAAUUUACUAAAGCUAGUUUUUUCACAGUUGAUUACUGUGAUUGUGUAGAGAAACAUACUGCGGUCGGUCAAGCGAAACGUAGAACAGGGGUUACUGAGAGGGUAUCAAAGUUGCUUUCCUACGAAGGUAAUUAAAUCCAUUUACUAAGGCUGAAAAUCAGUACACACAUUCUAAAUCAAAUAUAAAUAAAAGUUAUUAUAGUCGGUCAGUUGUACGACGGGACAGAGCCGGUCGAUCGGUCCCAAUGAAUGUACAGGGUUAUUCACUAUACAGGGUGUAACAAAAGUACGGGUCAUAAAUUAAAUCACCUAUUCUGGGACCAAAAAUAGUUCGAAUGAACCUAACUUACCUUAGUACAAAUAUGCACAUAAAAAAAGUUACAGCCCUUUGAAGUUAAAAAAUGAAAAUCGAUUUUUUCGAAUAUAUCGAAAACUAUUAGAGAUUUUUUAUUGAAAAUGGACAUGUGGCAUUUUUAUGGCAUUAAUAUUUUAAAGAAAAAUUAUAGUUAAAUUUGUGCACCCCAUAAAAAUUUUAUGGGGGUUUUGUUCCCUUAAACCCCCCAAACUUUUGUGUACGUUCCAAUUAAAUUAAAAUUGUGAUACCAUUAGUUAAAUUCAAUAUUUAUAAAACUUUUUUGGCUCUUAGAAUUUUUUUGACAAGGCAGUUUUUAUCGAGUUGCGGCUUCUUUUCUAAUAUGUUUACAUAAAGAUUUUAUGGGGGUUUUGUUCCUUUAAACCCCCCAAAUGGUUGUGUACGUUCCAAUUAAACUAUUACUGCGAUACCAUUAGUUAAACACAGUGUUUUUAAAACUUUUGGUUCUUUGUAUUUUUUCGAUAAGGCACCUUUUAUCGAGAUGUGGCUUCUUUUUUAAUAUGGUUCAAAAUAUACCUAAAAAUGUAAAUCAUAAAUAAAUUUUCCUAUUAUUAUCAAGUCUGCAUAAUCGUACUUAGCCAUAUACAAAUAUGUGGUGGAUUUGACAAAUAUGCAAAAUAUCUCUAUAAAAACUGACUUUUCAAAAAAUACUAAGAGGCAAAAAAAUUUUUAAAACAUUGUGUUUAACUAAUGGUACUACAAUAAUAAUUAAAUUGGAACGUACACAAAAGUUUGGGGGGGAUUAAAGGAACAAAACCCCCAUAAAAUUUUUAUGGGUUGUCUAAAUUCCACUAUAAUUUUUUCUUAAGAUACUACUACCAUAAGAAUGCCACAUGUUCAUCUUCAAUAAAAAAUCUCCAAUAGUUUUCGAUAUAUUGGAAAAAAUCGAUUUUCAUUUUGUAACUUCAAAGUGCUGUAACAUUUUUUAUGUGCACAUUUGUACUAAGGUAAGUUAGGUUCAAUCGAACUAUUUUUGGUCCCAGAAUAUGUGGUUAAAUUUAUGACCUGUAUUUUUGUUACACCCUGUAUUUUGACCCCCCACUAAACUGCUUUAUUUACAGAAUUAGAAAAAAAUGUAAAAUACAAAACUUAUUCAAUUUUUAAAUGAUUUUUUGACAUAUAUAUAUUGUACUAGUGACGUCAUCAUCUGGGCGUGAUGACGUAAUAGACUAUUUUUUUCAAUGAGAAUAGAGGUCGUGUGCUAGCUCAUUUGAAAGGUUAUUCAAUUCCCUAUUCAGUAAUAUAAACAUUAACGUGAUUGUUUAUACAGGGUGUCCAAAAAAACUUUUUAAAUUAAAUUAAUAAUUAAAAAAAAAUUUUGGACACCCUGUAUAAAUAAUGAUCUUAAUGUUUAUAUUACUGCAUAGAAAAUUGAAUAACCUUUCAAAUGAGCUAGCACACGACCUCUAUUCUCAUUUAAAAAAUAGUCGAUUACGUCAUUACGCCCAGAUGGAUGACGUCACUAGUACGAUAUAUAUGUUAAAAAAUCGAAUAACUUUUGUAUUUUACAUUUUUUUUCUAAUUCUGUAAAUAAAGCAGUUUAGAGGGGGUCAAAAUAUAGUGGAUAACCCUGUAUAUUCAUUGGGUCCGACCGACCGGCUCUGUCCCGUCAUACAGCUAACCGACUAUAAUAACUUUUAUUUAUAUUCAAUUUAGAAUGUGGGUACUGAUUUUCAGCUUAGUAAAUGGAUUUAAUUACCUCCACAGGUAAGCAACUUUGACAAGCUGUCAGUACCACCUGUUCUAGACUGCAGUAUGUUUCUCUACACAAUCACGGUAAUCAACUGUGAAAAAACUAGCUUUAGUAAAUUGGGAGAGAUUUUUCGGCGCUGCCUAUGUCUAUAGUCAAAGUCAUUUAAAAUCUUUUUUAGUAGUAAUUCGUUCUUACUGGUGAUAUAAUAUAUUGACUUGACUUCUAUAUUGAUGGUCGAAAAAUAGUGUCACCAAACAUUUCUUUAGCCUCAUACAGAAAAUUCUCAAAGAACUGUGUCAUAGAUCAUCAACAGAACCCCUGCUCUUACAUAUUGAGGAUUUUCCUAAAAAAAUCUUUCUUUAUUUUAGUUUUUGUUUAUUUUUUUUUCAAUUUUUUUUGGUUUCAACUGAUAACAUAUUUUUGUACGUCUCCAUUCCUUCUUUUCUCUUCACAAUUUCGAUGUUUUUAUGUAUAUUUGGGAUAGUUUUUUCAUCAGUUUUUUAUUAUCUUUUUUCCUCAAAAGUGUUUUUUGUCGCAUUUGUUCUAUUUUUUUUAUUUGUUUGAGCGGUUGUUCUAUAAUUCCCUAAUGUUUUAAAGUGUACGUCUUCUAUUUUUAUUUCUAAUAAUGUAUUUCCCCCUAAAAUUUCUACGUAAUAUUCUGAAAAAUGUAUGUCUUGUAAAAUAUGACCAAUUAAACAAAAAAUAACAAAAAUAUUCGCAUGUAAAAGGUCUUUUUUGGCAACGUAUUUUCCGUGGUUCAGCAAUUUAUAGAACAGACGUUUUAACAUAAAAUUUUCGUACUGCCACCCAUCAGCUAGUUUACGGCUGUAGAUACUCAUUUUGAGAGUUGUAGAUUAAUUUCCAGCGUAACUCCUAUCGACUUGUGUUAAUAUAUCAGCUAAGCAUCACUCUACGCCGUAAACAACUAUAAUUCAUGCUAAGGUUUCUUUUAUAAGUAAUUUUAGUACGUAAUCGGUUAUCAAAACAUAAUGUAGUACCAUUCUACUACAUCUAUAAGUUCUUUACUACAAAAAUACUCUUACGUCAUUCAAGAUUUCUCAUGUCAAAACCCCACAGCGUUGCCAAAACAUUAGAAUAGUAAAUAAAUUUACGCAUUUAUUUACUAAUCUAAUGUUUUGGCAACGCUGUGAAAUUCUGACGUCAGGAAUUGUGAAUGACGUAACAAUAUUUUUAUAGUAAAAAACCAUAAUAUUGAAUCUUUUCAUGUAUAUUGAUUUUUAAAACGUUUAUUUCCCAGACACUAUAAUAAUCAUUUCUACUUUUAUAUAUACAAUAUAAACAACUUUUAUUUAUUGAUAUUCGAAGUAAUUUUUAGAAUGUCUAGCCUCUAUUUACUUGUGCGAAUAUAGCGGUCAUAUCAACUGCUAUGCUUCAUUACAACAAAUGGUACAGAGCCUUUAACGAUACUACAACACUGUCUCUUAGUUUCACAAUCAAAUAUUAACGUCUCAAUAUCUUGCACCGUUUGUUAUAAUGAAAUAUGGCAACCCUGUUGUAUAUCUUAAUUGAUCUUUUUUAUAAAAUCGGCCUUUAAAUGUAAAUAUCGCCAUAUAGGCCAGGUUGUGUGGCCGCUUCUGUAGAAAAAUGUUUCUGAUUCGGUUUCUUUGCGAAUUCCUGUUCAAAAAUGUCCUCUUUAAACAAAUCGGAAGGGUGCCGAGCGAAGUUUUUGGUCAGAAAUUUUUUAAACAAAUUCCAAAAACCACCUUUUUUUGCUCUGGAAAACAUUUUUUUAUUUGGGGUCGUUUUAAACAAAAAGUUAAUAAAAUUUAACAAAUGUCAAGUAUUUGUUAGAAAUUUUUCGCGUAAGUAGGUAUAAUAUGUAUAAUUGCGACAAAGGCGCACUAUAUAGUGCGACGCGUCAUAGUAGUUUGAAAAUCGAAUGGACGCGCAUAAGUAACAACUAAAAAACAACGGUCUAAAUUGAAACAAGCCCCAAUUACUCUUCAGAGUCUUGAAAUUGAAUGUUUAAACCUCAAUUUAGUCACUUAGCGACUUUAAAAAUAAUAAUUUACAUGCGUUUUCAUUUAUUUUCGCAUUUUUUAGACUUCAAAUCGCUUAUAACUUAAAUAAAAACUAUCAAUUUUAGAAAAAAAUAACGAGAGAUCUUUUUUAAAUGAUCCAAAAACUUAAAAAAAUAUAUUUUCCGGAGCAAAUAGGUGAUUUUUACAAUUGAAAAAAAUUUUUUAAACAAUGUCUGACCAAAAAGUUUCGUUCGCCAGGCACCCUUCAAAUUUGUUUAAAGAUGACAUUUUUGAACAGGAAUUCACAAAGAAACCGAAUCAGAAACAUUUUUUUACAGGAGCAGCCUCACCAUCUGAACUAAUAACUAUGUAAAAAUGAGAAAAAUAUUGUGAUAUAUUGAUAAUUAAGUGAAAAUAGUUUGUUUUUGUUCAUUGUUUUUUUUUGAAAUACGGGAGACGAAUGGGUUACUUUUAAGAUUUUUAUUUAUUUUAUUUUUUCGUUGCCAAAGUGUAUAUAGAAAUUAAAUCGUGAAAAACCGUUUAGACAAACUCCUUUUUAUUGAAUAAUUUAAUAAUAGUGACAUAUUUUGACAGAUGUGGUAGUUUACUCCUUAUAUACGUCUUCUUUUGGAUUAUAAUCAUUUUCUUAUUUGCUGGCCACUUCAAAUAUUUAGUGCUUAAAGAAAUGUUUUAAAUUAAGCAAUUAUGGUAUUUUUGGUUCCAAGCUGUGAUUCAGUUUUGAAACUGUCAUGUUGUUUUGUAAAUGUCUUUUUUUUUUGGCAUCUUUCCAUACAUCACGCAAGUCCUGAAUAUUCUUUGCCUUAUGUUGCAUUUCCCUUUUCAACUAUAUCCAUGUCUUUCGUUCGCUCUUCUUUUUUACACCCUCUUAAACUUACUACCCACAUUCAAUAUCCACCAGUUCUUAUUAAUUAGAUUUCUUUGGCAGACGUAAACUUUUUUCCCUAUAGAGUUAAGGUUUACAUAGAUUUUUAGUAAUGAUUUUCUCAUUUUACUUCUUCCUCUGUUACCACAGGCUUUCAUUCAUAACCACAAGGAAGAAUUUCCAUUAAUACCAUUAAUUACAAGUAAAAUUUAAUAAAAAAUUUUGUCCUGGUAAAAGGUAUAGUAGUUUUAAAAAAAGGCUUUCAUUCGUAGUUUCAAUUAGUUUCACAGCAAUUAUAGUGCUGUCGCCAGGGGUGGGGGUAUAACGGCCUCCCUUAUUUAGAUGGACUUACCCAAGUCUUUUUUAUGUAUUUUGAAUUUAGAACACGAAUUUUUUGGGUAACAGUUGAUCCUGAUGUCGAUAAGAUUGUUAGAAACAAAGAACUUACAGAAUUACAUAACAGAGAUUUUUCGCAAAACAAAACAUUUUUUUGUAUUUCUUGGGUCAUUCAUUCUAAGCAAAACAUGUUCUUACAAGUUUUUUCGUAGGAUGCAUAGUUUUCGAGAUAAACGCGGUUGAACUUUCAAAAAAUCGAAAAAUUGAAAUGUUUGAACCCGAAUAACUUUUGAUUAAAAAAAUAAAAUAUCAGCAUUUGAAAGUUCAAGUCAAAUUAUACCUGUUUUGAUUAUUUGCAUUGCUAAAAAUUAAUUUUUUUAUUGUUAAACAAGGCUAUAAACAAAUAGUGUUUGAGCGUAUUGACCCGUGCCCAAUGCAUGCGUUUUAAUGCAUGCUAUGUAGAAAUUGCCUGUUUCUAGGCGAUGCACUUGUACCUACUCGUUCGAUUUUCAAUGAGAGAUGGAUUGAAAACAUGACUCAAGCACUAUGUGUUUAUAGCUUUGUUUAACAAUAAAUAAAUUAAUUUUUAGCAAUGCAAAUAAUCAAAAUCGGUAUAAUUUGACUUGAACUUUCAAAUGCUGCAAGCAGAAUCGCUAUUUUAUUUUUUAAUCAGCAGUUAUUUGGGUUCAAAAAUUGCGAUUUUCGAUUUUUUGAAUGUUCAACCGCGUUUAUCUCGAAAACUAUGCAUCCUAGGAAAAAACCUGUAAGAACAUUUUUUGCUUAGAAUGGCCCAAAAAAUACAAAAAAAUGUUUUGUUUUGCGAAAAAUCGCUGUUAUGUGAUUCUGCAAGUUCUUUGUUUAUAACAAUCUUAUCGACAUCCGGAUCAAUUGUUACCCAAAAAAUUCGUAUUCUACGGGUCAAAAUACAUAAAAAAACUUGGGUAAGUCCAUCUAAAUAAAGGAGGCCGCUGUACCCCCACCGCCUGGCGACAGCACUAUUGAUUCUAAUCAUCUUUUUUACGCCUGUCUACAUUUAAUUAUCAUUUAGCCCUCUGCGUGCAAAGUUGAAUAAAGUCCUCCUCCUGCAAACAAUUAUCAGCAAUUCUUUUGACGUCUGUUCAUCGUGUAGGUGGUCUACCUCUGAUUUUCUCUCUCCCCGCUUGAAUUGCUCAUUGUUCAAUCAUCACUAUUGUUGUUUUACUUCUGUGAAAUUUGACCUAUAUUAUUUAAUUAUUUCUUUUGGCGCCUUCUAAUAGCUCUUCUUAGCAAUAUACUUUCUCCCACUGUAUAUGCCCCACCCUGUCAUCAUCAACAAUAUUAUUUGACAUUUUUGACAGUUACAUCCUUGUUUUUCUUAUCGCGCUGUCAUUUUUCGAUGUAUUGAUACAUUUUAAUGAAUAUCUCUUUAAAAAUCAUACAGAAGUAAAAACUUCGUUUGUACAAUGGUAUAAAAAGUUUAUUGAAAAACUAUUAAAAAGUCAUCCAAAAAGGAUUCGCAAAACGUUUUCGAUCUAGAUCAGAUCAUCUUCAGUGCGUAGAACGAAGUAUUUCCACUUUAGAAUGAAUGCAAAAGGUUAAAAUUACGACUAGUUAAAGAAAAAUGUGGCAAAUACUUAUGUUCUUUGCCACAUUUUUCUUUAACUAGUCAUAAUUUUAACCUUUUGCAUUCAUUCUAACGUGGAAAUACUUCGUUCUAGGCACUGAAGAUGAUCUGAUCUAGAUCGAAAACGUUUUGCGAAUCCUUUUGGAUGACUUUUUAAUAGUUUUUCAAUAAACUUUUUAUACCAUUGUACAAACGAAGUUUUUAUUUCUGUAUGAUUUUUAAUUAUGGUAUACAACCAGCUACUUGGAUUUUCCCAUUGAUUUUGAAUAUCUCUUUCUUUUUUGUUCUAUGCCAGGUUUCUUGAAUGUCCUCUGGAAUUAUUAACACUGUUCUUACCUAUUUUUACUCCUCUCAUUUCACCUCGUGAUCUUCGCCUUCUACUUUUCCUUGGAUAAUGUCUUUCUUCUUCUUUCCUUUACAUUUCUUGCUGCUCUAAUUCUCGACCCACUCCUACUUUUAACGUUACUCAUGUCUAGUCAAAGUUGUCACUGAACAUCCAGUGAGUUACCAUGUGAUGCACCUUAAACUAAAAUAGACUGCUACCGUGAAUUUGUCUAAACCGGUUCUAAAAUUAAAAACUAACAUUAGCAAUAACACGAAGUGUUUUGGAAGUCUGAUUAUACAGUUUGGUGAGCAGUUCACUUACGUCAAAUAUGACGUGUAUAUUUAUUAUUUUUUAUAUUUUAAACGUCGAGAUUCUAGUGCUCUGUGCUGCUAUUUCCGGCGUUGAAACAAAUUACAAAGGCGAAAAAUCGACAACAGCCUAAUCAGAUCUCAUUUUGACAAGAACAACCAUGACUUUUAUCUAAAAUUAAUUUAUCUGAAGUGAUCGAAGUUAAAAACCUAAUCCUCUUCAAUCUGAGCACUUAUUCUUGAUUAAAACAAUACUUCGUCAUAUUCUAAUUCAAAAUUUAACAUUUCUUAAUCCUUGAUGCCAUCAAAAUGUGACAGUUUCGCUGUCAAAUGUCACAGCGUGCCAGUACCACUAUCAACAUGGAAAGUAAUUUCACAUGUUCCCGCUUUUCCGACUUUCAGUGGAAAAACUGGAAAACUCGUAACAUUACCAACGUGUUAAGCAAGACAUUUUACAUCAAAAAAUUAAUUUUUCCGUGUUUUUCUAUCGCUAAAGUUGUUUUAAAUACAAAUUUAACAAAUUUUAAUCCCUGAUACCAUCAAAAUUGAGAGUGGCGCUGUCAAAUGCCACAGUGUGCCAGUAUCACGGUGGUAUCACUGUCAAAAUUUGAUAAUAAUGCUGUCAAAUGUCACACUGUGGCAAUUUCCUUGUCAACAUGGAAAAUUAUGUCAAACUUUUCCGAUUUUCUGGCUUUCAUUGGAAAAACUUCAAAGCUCUUAACGUUACCAACUUGUUAAGUAAGGCAUUUUACAUCCAAAAUGUAUUUUUCAGAGUUUUCUUUCCCUAAAAACAAAGCAAGUUCUGCAUUCCAAAGCAAAGUUGUUUUAAAAGCAAAUUCAACAUAUUUAAAUUCCUGAUACCAUCAAAAUGUGACAGUGGCGCUGUCAAGUGUCUGUGUGUCAGUAUCACUUCUAAUAUGUGACAAUAAUGCUGGCAAACGUUACAGUGUGGCAGUAUCACUGUCAACAUGGAAAAUAAUGUCACAUUUUCCCGCUUUUCCGGCUUUCAUUCCGUACAAACUUCAAAACUAUAACAUCACCAACGUGUAAUUUUACAUAGCAAGAUAUAAGUUUUCCUUUAAAAAGUUGUUUUAAAAGCAAAUUCAACAUAUUUUAAUCCCUGACACCAUCAAAAUAUGACAGUGCCGCUGUCAAACGUCUCAAUGUGUCAGCAAUAGUGUCAACAUGGAAAGUACUGUAACGUUUUCCUGCUUCUUGACUUUCAUUAGAAAAACUUCAAAACUCUAACAUUACCAUCGUGUUAAGCAAAACAUUUUACAUCAAAAAUGUCUUUUUCAUAGUUUUUCUUUCCCUAAAAUCAAAGCGAGGUCUGCAUUCCAAAGCAAAUUCAACACAUUUUAAUCCCUGGUACCAUCACAAUGUGACAGUGGCGUUUUGAAAUGUCUCAGUGGGCCCUUGUCACUUUCAAUAUGUGACAAUAAUGCUGUCAGACAUCACAGUGUUUAAGUAUCACUGUCAACAUGGAAAAUAAUGUCACAUUUUCCACUUUUCCGGCUUUCAUUGGAAAAGCUUCAAACAUUACCAACGACUAAGCAAGAUAUUUUACAUCAAAAAUGUAUUUUUCAGAGUUGUUUUUUAAACAAAGUUGUUUCAAAGGUAAAUUUAACAUAAUUUAAUCCCUGGUACCAUUAAAAUGUGACAGUGACGCUGUCAAAUGUCGUAGUUUGCUUGUAUCACUGUUAAUAUGUGACAGUAAUGCCGUCAAACGUCACAGCGUGGCAGUAUCACUGCCAACAUGUGACAGUGAUGCUGAAAUCUAAGUAUCUGAUGCGGUUGUUGUCGGUUAUCCGUUAAAGACUUUUAUUCUCAGGACAAAAUUGUCGACUCACUUAUUUUUCUGUUGCAACUGUGUAUAUUUGUUAAUAGAUUUAAGUAUUUAUGUUAUAGAUUUAUUGUAGUUGUUAAGGAUGUUGUCUAUAUUGUCAAAUAUCUUAUUCAAGUUUUACAUGAUUUGUAUAAUAUAGACAUAAGUCAUUUUUAAGUACAAAUGAAUAAAAAAAAUGUAAAAAAAUUGUUUACGAUCAAGAUGAAACUUUAUUACGCGCCAAGAUUUUACUGUAAAUUCAAUUGAACAUUAAUAAAAAAUAUAUAUAUUUUGUAUCUUUGGCGCAAA